AUGUCGUUGUCGCAUUCUUCACACGUCAUCACCAAAGACCUUCCUUGUUCCUCGUGCCAUAACAUGAUCGUCGGGAGGUGACACUGACUCAGAAGCGGCUGAAUAGAUAGUUUGGUUGUCGAGAACUUGGUCGCUGAAGCCAUGCCUCGCUACGAACUGGCUCUGAUUCUGAAGGCGAUGCAGCGACCGGAGACGGCGGCUGCUCUGCGGCGGACAGUGGAGACGCUGAUGGAGCGGGGCGCAGUGGUGAGAGAACUGGAGAACCUGGGAGAGAGACUGUUACCUUACAAAAUCACCAAACACUGCGAGAGGCACAAACGAGGGACUUACUUUCUGGUGGAUUUCUACGCAGCCCCCGACGUCCUGCCAGGCUUACUGAACCACCUGCACCGUGACGUGGACGUGGUGAGGCCUACUGUGCUGAAGAAGGACGCCCAGACUCCUAGCCAAUGCUGUGGCCCCCAACUGUGACUGAAUGUUUCUGCGACUUGUAUCCAGAUGAUGUCCAGUGAGAGGCUUCCUUCCAUCUUUCACAUUUUUCGUUGUGGAUUAUAUGCAUUUUGACAUUAUGUUAUAAUAAACUACUUCUUUCAA